GGCAGCCCGUGGAAACCGGAAGUGUGGGAGACAGGCGGGCUCCUGAUGGACACCCUCAAUGGUCUUUCGGAUGUUGGCCAGCUAUGGGUGUCCUGUGAAGGCGAGAAAGCUCAGCAGCCCUUGGCCCGGACAGAGGCCUGUGCAGUUCCCUGUGAACCAACCCUUGAAAGUUAGGCCAUCAGCGUUCCCUUCCGUUCCAGCGCAGUGGUGCACGCCUGCUACUGCAGCUGUCCAAGAGGCCAAAUCAGGAACAUCGAAAGUUCAAAGCCAGCCUGGACAGCGUGAAGUCUCCCUCAGCCAUUCUCCCCCAGGCAUCUGAGGCCACCUACACCACUCCCCGGGAGAACCGUCCUGCUCGGCCACCAGACGCCAGAGCCCGGACCUCCCAGGGCAGCCACAGCCACAGAUGGUCGCCGGCCAGCAGCUCCCCGGACAGACAGGACUCGAACUGCCGGCCAGGACCCAGCUCCCCAGGCUAUGACAUGGCUGUGUCCUCCGCGGCCAGGUGUCCCGGGCGGCCACCGAAGCCCAAGGUGGGCCCCAAGCAAUCCCAGCUUCACUACUGCCAAGUGUGCAACGUCAGCUGUGCGGGGUUACAGACCUACCAGGAGCACCUGGAAGGGCAGAAGCACCGGAAGAAGGAGGCGGCUCAGAGGCCCGACCGCGGCUGGCUGUACUGCAACGUGUGCUCGGUGUCCUGCACCGGCGAGGACGCCUACGACGCGCACAUCCGGGGAGCCCGGCACCAGAAGGUGCUCAAGCUGCACGCCCGGCUGGGGAAGCCGAUUCCCCCCGCGGAGCCGGCGCCCAGCAGCGGCCAGCGCGCCCCGCCCCGCGCCGCCGCCCGCGAGGACUCGGGGGGCUCCGGCGUGCGCGCCCCCUACGGGCCCGCGCCGGCCUGCAGACGGCUGGCCUCCACCGUGCGGAUCGCGGGGCCUCUGGAGCCCCUGACUGCACACAGCAGGCCCCGGGAGGGGUCACCAGCAAGGUCCAAGCCAGAGCGACCCGGAGAGACGGCUGCCUGCACGGCUUCGGGGGAAGCCUCCGCGGGGGCCUGGGUCGCGGAUCCUGUGGGGCCGGAGUUCGUGGAGGAGGUGUUAGGCGACCAAGGGAAGGUGAUUCGCUACCGCUGCAGACUCUGCCAGUGUGACUUCAACGACCGCAACGCCCGGGACCUGCACUUGCGGGGGCGGCGGCACCGGCUGCAGUACCGGAGGAAAGUGGACCCCCACCUACCCUUGGUCACGGCGCCCGGCCGGCUCAGGAAGCUGCAGGAGGAGCAGGCUCGCAAGCACCGGCAGCUGGUGCAGCGGCAGCUGGAGGAAACGCGGCAGCGCUGGCGGGAGGAGCUGAGGCACCAGGAGGCACAGUGCAGGAACCAGAAGACGGAGCCGCAGCCCCAGAACCAGGAGCGGUCACUGCCGUCCCCCACCUGGGCCCUGCCGUCCCCUGUGGACAGGUCGGGGACAUCUGCUGCCCAAGCCCAGGCCAAGCGGCGGCCGGAGACCAGCGAUGACCGUCACGUCAUGUUCAAGCACGCGGUCAUCUACCCCACGGAGGCGGAGCUGCAGGCCAUCCAGAAGACCGUGUCGCAUGCCGAGCGGGCCCUCAGGCUGGUGUCCGACCUGAUGGCCGAGGAGGACUCGGAGAGCUUGGGAGAGGAGGGAGGCCAGAGCAGCGUGGCGUCCCCGCCGCGGAUCCUGAAGGGCGUCAUGCGCGUGGGCAUCCUGGCCAAGGGCCUGGUCCUGCGCGGCGAGAGGAACGUGCGGCUGACCCUGCUCUGCUCCCAGAAGCCCACGCGCGCUCUGCUGCGCAGAAUCGAGGCGCAGCUGCCCCAGCAGCUCCUGGCGGUGACCGACGACAAGUACGAAGUGUCCUCUGACCCCGAAGCCAGCAUCGUCAUCUCCUCCUGCGAGGAGCCCAGGAUGCAGGUCACCGUGGCCAUCACCUCGCCCCUGAUGCGGCAGGACCCCCCUGCGGACCCAGAGGGCAGAGAGGCCGCACAGCCCGACCCAGACAUCCUGAACCCCGACAAGUGCCUGGAGUCCCUGGCCGCCCUUCGCCACGCCAAGUGGUUCCAGGCCAGAGCCAGCAACCUGCAGCCCUGUGCCAUCGUCAUCAGGGUUCUGCGUGACCUCCGCCGAAGAGUGCCUACGUGGGGCGCCCUGCCAGCCUGGGCCAUGGAGCUGCUGGUGGAGAAGGCGCUGAGUAGCGCUGCCCGGCCCCUGAGCCCCGGGGACGCCGUGCGGCGGGUCCUGGAGUGCGUGGCCACCGGCAUGCUCCUCGCAGAUGGGCCCGGGAUCCAGGAUCCCUGCGAGAAAGACCGGGUGGACGUGCUGGAAUCCAUGACCCUGCAGGAGCGGGAGGACGUGACGGCCAGUGCCCAGCACGCCCUGCGCAUGGUGGCCUUCAGGCAGAUCCACAAGGUCCUCGGCAUCGACCCCCUGCCGCCCCGGCUCCGCUUCCGGAAGAGGCCGCGUGAGAUCAAGGCGGAGGAGGGAGCGUGGGACAGAAAGCGGGGCCGGAGGGGUGCAGAGGGGCUGGCGUGAACCCCGCCCCUUGCAGGGUGGGCCCUGCACUCUGCAGCCUGGGCGGGGUCUGAACCGUGGGCGGAGCCUGUUGCCUGGGCGGGGCCCGACAUGUGGGCGGAGCUUGAUGCCUGGGCGGGGCCUGACACCUGGAGCCUCGCCUUUGCCGGCUGCUGGUUGCUGGCGUGGGUGCCUGUGCACAGAGACCAGUGUCCCUCGCACGGGACAGGGACAUUUGCCUUUUUUCAGUCAUGUUCUGUCCCUUUCCAAAUGUCUGAGAAGUCACACGGGGCGCAGCAAGAGCACCUCCCUCUUCCUGUCCCCCCCUGGUCUUUCUUGGUGGCUUUAAACGCCCCCGUUGUGUGUACCCUUGAAAUAAAGUAGGAGGCCAGUCCUGGGUCCCCUGUGUCGA